CCUCGCCCCGUUCCCACUGCGCAUGCGCGUCUCUCCAGCGGAAAUUUAAAGUUGUUUUGAUUCUGCAUUAUUGUAGUGCAGAAUUUGAGUUAUAGGUUACAGUUUUUAUUAUUCGUGUCCUAAAUUUGUGCACCCUUGUGGGUACACGUUUAGAAAGGGUCCCACGUGCGUGUUUAUACAGCGCAUGCUCAUGCCCGUCUUGGAGUUAACCGGAAGUCCGAAAUAUUAUUCAUUUCUUGUUACACAUCUCGUUCAGUCAACACAGUCAGCUUCUUCAGCAUUUUUCUUGUACACAAAGCAGCGAAAAGUCGACUGUAACGAAUUCGUCUUCGCAACCUAAUUAAAUAAUGCCAGGCUUUGAGCUGGAGCAGGUGGACGGUGGCAGUCCUAUAGAGCUGCCCUAUGGAGGAACUGCCCUGGGGAGAGGACCAUUUCUAGGGGUGAAUGAUAAGAGAGUGUCCAGAAACCACGGCAUCCUUGAGAACCUGAAUGGCCAGCUGCGUCUGAAGCCUACACACCUGAACCCAUGUUUUAUUCAGACGAACAUUGUGGCUGCGCCUCAGCCGCUGGAGAAGGACCAGUGGCAUUGCCUAAAGGAGGGCGACAUCUUCUCUCUCAUGCCUGGGAAAUACAUUUACAGAGUGCAUGUCAAAGAAGAGGAUCAAACCCUGAGAAACAGUCAGGCGUUUGAGGAGGAGAUGGAGGUGGAGAAGUGUUCGAGUGGACCAGCAGCACCCUCUCUAGACUCGGCCACACUUGAAGCCAGCAGCUGCAGGCUCACGACUCCGAGCGCCACACUCACAGAAGAUAAAGGAACGAGUCAUCCUUCACACACUCUUUCCUCUCUAAAUGAGGCAUCCACAAAGAGCCAACAGAACGAGUCUGAUGUGCCACAGAAGAAGCGGAUCUUGCCGGCCUGGAUGAUGACUUCAGCCAAAGCAGGUGAGAGCUCAGCGGUGAAGGCGACACCUGCAAAAUCCAAACGAGUAGCUACACCCAAGAGGGCAGCUGGACCUAAACGAGCUCGAGCCACACGGGUGUCAUCUCAGGAAGAGGAGGUGGAGGAAGAGCUGCCCAAAAGGAAAGCAAAGAGACUGAAGAGUGACUCUGAAGAUGAGUCUGCACCUCAGGAGGAUGCAACCGCUCCCAAGAGCAGCAGAGUCGGAUCAGUCCUGGAUGGAGAGAACAGCACCGGUGUGAUGGAGAGUGAUGAUGGGGAGAGAAGGGGAGCUGGCAGGGGAGCUGAGGUCAGACCAGGAGCUCAAGCUGAAGACUCAAAGACACAAGCAGAAGAUCCCAGUGAUUCUCAGAUCAGCCAGGGACGCCCGCAGAGGUCAACGGUCACGGAGCGACGGACACGGUGUCCUUACGGCAGCUCCUGCUACAGGAAAAAUCCGGUCCACUUUCAGGAGUGCAGUCACCCUGGAGACAGCGACUGUGAGGAAGAGGAGGCAGAGGAUGCUGACGAUGACAGGCCUGAGUGUCCGUAUGGUACCCACUGCUACAGGAAGAAUCUGCUUCACAAGAAAGAUUACAAACACACUAAAUCACCACCCAAGACCGCUGCUGCUGAUGAUGAGGGUGAAGAUGAAGAUCACUACGAAAACAGUUUUAUUAAUGAUGAGAGUGAGGAGGAGGUGGAUGAAGACUCAGACUAUCUGCCCGAAUCAGACAACAGUGGCAAAGAGGACGUUAAACGUCUGCAGAAAGAAGCAAAAGCGUUCCUCAGGAGGAAGAAGUGACUUUUGUUUAGGGUAUUUUCCAUGAAAACAGCUUCUACACUAAUCUCACAACAACUAUCAAACAUCUCAUACUUUCCAAGGAGGCAUUUUAUAAGUGUUAGAUGAUUUUUAUGACCUUUUACCUUCACUUUUUAAGAAAUAGUUAA